CUUCCUCAUCCUUCGGGGAGCCACACCUUCGCUGAACACCCUUCCCCCAAACCCGCGCGCCCCGCAUGGCAUGGAAGCAACGGAGUACUUCGUCCCACCGGGAUGCGACUUCCUGGAUGCUGCUGGGGAGACCCCCACUGACGGCCUCGCGCAGCUCUUCUCCCUCGAAGCCGAUGCCGCGACGCCGGAGCAGCGCAGCCGUGCCGCGCGCGCGGCGGCGCUGCUCUUCUCGCUGGCGGAGCGUGCGCUGCUGACGGCGGAGAGGGUGGAAGAGCUGGAGAAAGCCCAGCACACGGCCGUUGAGGCCUGGCAUCUCUUCAUGGCGGAUGGGGACUUUCACUCGGCAGCUUGGUCCGCCCGCACGGUGAUUCAUGCGCUGCGUGCGAGGAGUUGCGCGUGCGGCGGAACGGGCGCCCGUUUCGCUGCCGCCGCCGUGGCGUUGGCGGAGGAGGAACUCCGUCGUGCGAGGCUGAGCGGCGAUGACUUUGGAGAGGCCUGCUUCUUGAUGUCCAUGGCUGAAUUGCACUGCGAUGCCAAGAACCUGGAUGAGGGCCUUCGUUGCGCCGAGGCAGCCUCUGCUGCCUUCCUGCGGUGUGGCGCGAUUCCGGCGACGGCCGCCGCGGGCAGGGUCUUGGUCGUGCUGGUGCUCGGGGAGUUGCAGGUGAGAAGGUAUCAAUUCCAUGAAGCGGAGGCAGCAGCCCAGCAGGCCCUGCGCCUCCUGGAUGCGAGCGAGGACGCCGGCGCGAGCGCGUGCCGCGCCCGUGCAGGGCUUCUGCUGGGCGUGGCGGGGCGGCUGCAGCAGAAACAUGCCGCAGUGAUUGCUUCCACCAAGGAAGCGAUUCCUUGGGCACAGGAAACCGGAGAUCUGCGGCUGCUGGCAGCCUUGAUGUAUUUGUUGGCCUCCAGCAGCCACAGCUUGGGCGGCCGCUUCCGCGCUGCGGCCGCAGCCGCGGGCGAAGCGCAGCGGCUGUGGGAGCAGAUGGAACUUCGUGCGAGUGGAUGGGCGCAGUGUGCGCUGAGCCUUCAGACGCAGGCUCUCUUAGCCGAGACGUCCCAUGAUGCAGCCAAGGAGGCCUUGCGGCAGCACAUGCGGACAGCACGGGGUCCAGGGCCUCGCGUGCUGCUGCGCGACGCCUGGGUGCAGUGCCUGAAGCGCUUGGAUGGACCUGGGGAUCGGGAGAAGGCCCACGCCAUCUCAGACAAGACUCUGGCAACGCUGCAGUCGACCUCAGAGCUGUCAUCGGCCUGGGAAGCAAGAGAAUUGGAGCUGAUUGCAAGCAUUCAUGUGAAGUCCAACUCGUGGAAAAAGGUCGAAGAGGCCUGCAAGUGGGCUGAGCCACUUGGAAGCCUCGACCGCACUUCGGCCCCUUUUCGCCUCGGACCAAACCACCGGUGGGAACGGUGGAUGCGGUGCACCGUUUCGCCCCUUUCAGCCUGGGAGGACCGACCGAGUGAAGGCUCCAACCGCAGCCGUUGACGGAGUGGACUCGCGACAUCGGCCAACGUGGACGGUGGACGACUCCGGGCUCCACCGGCCCGGAUCUGGCGAUGUCCCGGACUGGCUUGGGAGGCAAGCGAAGCAAAAACUGCACGGCUCCGGUGACAAGUACCUUGAGGCGGAUGCCAUCCCCUCCAUCGCCAAGUGCUACAUCCUCCUGGGCCGCCCCAGCGAUGCUGCCAGCGUCCUGUCCGAGCGCCGCCAGCUCUUUCGUGAACUGGGCGCACGAAGCCGCGAGGCAGAGGCCAUGCUUGAUUUGGCAGAUGCCCUCUGCAAAGAGCAGGUCUCCCGUGUGGACUCUCGUGCUCGGCGCUUCCUACGCGAUGCCUUCCAGAUCUGC